AUGUCGGCUUCGGGAGCGCAUGUCGCAACCUCGUCAUGCUUGGAGGCAUUUGGAGCUCUUCGGAGUCACCUCCAGUCAGCGAAACCAGAGCUUGCAGCUCAAGUUCCUGAUGCUGAUGUCGAAGACGAGUUUGGUAGAUUUCGAUUAUGGGCCGCUAAUAUUGGUGCCCUUUCGAGAGGGCACAGCUCGCUUGAUUACAGGCUUCGUGAUGCGCCUGUGGUCCUGGAAGGGGCUCUUAAGCUCCUAAAUGAAUUACAGCAAGAGCUUCAUCAAAUGUGCCUCGUCUUAUCUUGCGCAAGACUUCCAUAUGAAGCGCAAAUAUCCUUACGUGCGGCGGGCCAUGUGGACGACUCGGACACGUCCUCAUUGUCUAGCGAUAGCGAGUCGAGCUCCGACAGCUCCUCAGACAGUGACGACGAGAAAUUAGCUCCUAGCGAGCUGCGCCGACGAGUGUCUGCGUUAUCUAAUAUUAAUGACAACUUUUAUCGCCUGUCUCGUUCAAUACGAGCGCCGGCAUCUCACUCUAGGUUAUUGAAAGCACUGUCUUAUAAGUUGAUCGACAAAGAGAGUGGGGUUGACGUUGUGCAACAAUUUGCUCCGGUGGACUUGGCCUUUACGAAAGAUCUCUUUUCACAACUACGUCGAAAUGCGCAGGAUCAGUAUGCGAACUGUCCAACGCUCGACGAUGGUGAUCUGGCUAUGAUUAAGAGGCUUGCCCAAGGUAUAACCUGUAGAAGGCAACAAUUUCUUUACUGGAAGCAUCAUAGGAAAAAGCUUGGUUUCUAUGCCGAGAAGGAGAUUUUGAAAAUCCCUAAGCCCGCACCUACUGUACAUUUGAAGGGAGACGAAAUGAGGGAAUCUGUUGCUGGCCCGCGUGCGUCGUUGCCAGUUAUUGGCAAAGCUCAAACGGAAUCUUAUAGGCCUAAAACCACACUCACCGAAACGACUGCAACUCUCUUCAUUGCUCCGACCAAUGUGCCUGAUGGUAACCAGUCGGUUACCUCAUAUGCUACAACUGCCCGUGGUCUGGAUGGCAGCAGGAUCGAAUUUCCUAAGUUGCCAAAGGACAUCAAGAAAGGCAAAGAUUUCGAAUGCCCCUAUUGCUUAAUGAUAUGUCCUCCGCAUUAUCAGAUGCCACGUGCUUGGAGGGCACACUUGCUACGAGAUCUAAGGCCCUAUAUGUGUACUCACAAACAUUGCCAACAGCCGGAUGAGCUCUUUGCAACCAAACAAGAGUGGCUGAACCAUGAACACACUCACCAAAAAGCCUGGCAAUGUCCGGAGCAUGCCUCGACGCACUUCUUAAGGCAAGAUGAUUUAAAGCGGCAUCUAUUGGCCGAAAACCACGAGUCUCUACAGCGAAUGGGCCUAGAAGAUUUGCUCGCCAUCUGCGAGACCGCUCGACCUGACUCGAGGACAGUAUGCCCAAUCUGUUUCGUGGAUGCUGGCUCGUCAUAUGGCCUGGAAAACCACUUGGCGAAUCAUCUAGAGCGGUUUGCGGCAUUUGCAUUGCCUAGAGACGUCGAAGGCGAUGCAGAUGAGGAAUCUCCCGAGAACUCCAAUAUGUCUGACCACGCAUUUGCUAGGUCUGACCAGUCAGAAGUUUCGGACAUAUCUUACGCAUUCGCUGGUGAGGACAAGAAAGCUGAAAUUGAAACACUUGCGAGGAUGACACGGGGAAUUUCCUCGACAAAUUUCGGUGGCGAAUAUUUUCCCGCUGUCAACAAAUUACACUAUCAGAUAAUAAGCAUUGUGAACUUACCGACUGAGAUAUUAGAUAAGCUCAAUAUCGAUCUCCAGUUUAAAGCAGUCUUCAAAACUAUUCCAAGGCUUUUGAUAGAAUUAAAAGAAGUUGUGGCUUUAGUCGACUCAGACGACUUCCGAGAGUGUACAUCGGAGCUUAUAUUCCAAAUGGAAAGAUUAGACAGUAUUCUUCAGGAAUAUGCAGUUGACUUCGCAUUGGAUUCUUCCCAUCCUAGGCUCGGUAUAGACACUGUUUUUUCCAACCAAAGCCUAGAGGAUGGACGCGAACGAAACCAAGCAGAUGGAGAACUCUCUCCCUCACGAGAUAGCAGUCCAGACAGUGUGGUCAACGGGACAGGCCCUAGGCUCUCGACGAUGAACCUUGACAGAUCCCGAACAUCCGAUUCAGCUGAAGAUGCCGCUUCUCCGAUACGAGAUAGCAGCCCAGACAGUAUAGUUAACAGAACAAAUUCUCUUCUUUCGACGAUGGAUCUCAACAAAUUCCAAACAUCUAACCCGGCCGCGGAUGACCUUUCGCCGACACGAGAUAGCAGCCUAGAUAGUGCCGUUAACAGAACAAGCCUUGGGCUCUCGACGAUGGACCUAAGCGGAGCACAGAGCGUGAUGACUGAAGAGGAAGAAGAGUUCCUUAUUCAUCUGCGUGACGAGCGGGAACCCAAACCUGACUGGAAGACCACCAUGGCUGAGUUCAACGAGCAUACGGGAAAGAACUAUAGAAUACCCGCGCUGCAGAUGCGCUAUUCGAGGCUAAAUAAAAAACUACGCGUUGGUACCGUUAAUAGAACAGUCUUAGAUAACGUCAUUGUCAACGCCUCUACCCGGGUCGACGGCAUGCCGCUCGGGAAGACGGAGUCCGAGUCGUUCUAUAGGAAGCAGCUCACCACAUAUGCAGCAUUCGCCAUUGUCGCAAAUCAGGAUAAGAUUGAGUCUAAAAAGGAAGAGCGCUGGGUCAAAGCCCAGAUUAACCAGGAAUCCUACCCAACUGAGCAUAUCAUUAAUAUGAUCCGGAACCUCGACGCCGGGCCCAUAUCCAUGGCUGAGAGGAAGGCCCAUCUCAUCCCAAGCCAGAGCGCGCAUAUCACUAAUAUUCUAAACAACAUGAUUAGGAAUGAGCGCGAGGGUCAGUUCUUCGAAUGGGUCCUGGCCCAGCUAGAUUGUGAGGAGUCAAUGAACCCAAAGACGGGCCAGAAGGAGAUUAUGUUUAUAACUAUCUAUCUUAAGCGCGCGCCGCUCCCAGGCAUCGACGUUUUCCACUUGUACCGCGAGCGCCAGGAGCGAGCACGCAUGCAAGCUAUACAUGGACAGCAGGAACAGAACUUCCACCAGCAGGCCCAGGCGAUACAACAGCAACAACAGGACAGACUUAAGGGCCAAGCUGCCAGAACAGAGGCAAAAUCCAAGGCUUCUAACAACGGAGAGGGUGAUGAGCCAACGGAGGAACCGGCCAGCAAAAAUAUGCCGAGGAAUAGUCCUCCAUUUCUAAUCGCUACUCUAACUUCGCUGUUAACUAGAGCCCAGCCGAUCCAGCAACGAUUGCAGGAUAUAGCUACCGAAGGCAAGGUCACGUCAAACGCACUAGUUAUACUAAAGCGGAUAUUCCCAGGCAUAUGUGUAGCUAUUACGAGCCUCAUCACUAUGUUACGAGAGGGCAUCCCGGAUUCCUCUAUAGUUCUAUUUAUAGAGGAAAUCGAUACGAAAUGCCAGCGGCUAUUCGAAGAUUCUUUGACUUUCUUAGACAAAUAUAAGAAAAGUAUUCGACUAGGCUUGAUUAGUCAAAAAACAUUAGGCUGGGGUAGCAAAAAACAGUACCGAGAAGAUAAAUUGCGGCUAGUAACUUCCGCCCAGAGCGUUGAAGAGGAAAUAAAUUAUACACUUGAGCUCCAUGCGAGAGGCCGCUUACGCAAACACAGGCACGACCAAGACGAACUGAUCUCCCCUCUAUCUACAGAACCUCGCACGCUCACUGCCGACAACGCGGAAGCCAGCGGCGGAUUAUCUAGAGGGGACGAGCAUGAACAGAGACCAGAAUCGCCUAAGAACUCUCAGAAUACCGACAAUAUGCAGGUCCUAGGCCUAGAAGAUGGUCCAAAGUGGGACAUGAAACAUCGGAGCUGUCUAAAUUAA